AUGACUGCAGUGGGUGUCCCACAAAACAAAAUUUUGGUAGUGUUCAACAAGAAUCGCAUCCCCCAAACACUACAAAGGGAGUUCCUCCAACGUACUUUCGAUCUUCCCAUAGAAAAUGACUCCAGUGAUAGCAUAAUUAAAGGCAUCAUAUGGAAGAAUAAAUAUUUUGAAUUACAACUGGACUUAUAUAUUGAUGAAUUCGAAGACUUCGAGGAAUUUGUCUAUGAGUAUUGUCUGGAUGAGAUGAGUGAAUUACGAUCUGUCAUUGCUGGAAUUAUUAUCAUUGACGACACGUACCAUUUCGAAGAUAACAAAUUGGUGAAUAAAUUACAAACUGAUAGUGGAUCAGAGACUUCUUCUUCCUUUAUGGUGAUUGGGAACUUUGAGGGAGAUUAUGAAGAGGAAGAUAUUGCUCAAUGGCGAUUCCCAUCGGAAUCUAUGACAAACGAUGAAGAUAUCAUUGCUGAAUAUGUGCCAUUAGAUAAGCAUUUCAGGAUGGAAAAGAACUCGCUGGGAGACAAAGUUGGAGUACCAGGUAUUAAGGAAAAGUUAGACCUCCAUGAGUGGAACCCAAAUUGUAAUAUCCAAAAGUUGGAUCAAAUACAACCUACACAUCCUCCUUCAAACAUGGACGUUGAUAUUAGUGCCAUCAUUAAUCAAUUAAGAGAUGCAAGAAUAAAUUUCCAGACACAUAAAGAUCAAGAGGAGGCAAAGAGUAUAGCCACUGCUCUAGCUGAAUCGAUUGUUGUUAAACAAUCUGCAGAUUUUUCCUGCCCUGAUAUAUAA